GCCACAUACACCGCCACAAAGCAACUAGCAAAACAACUAAGCAAGCCAAGCCGUAGUAGUAAGAGCAAGUAGCCAGGAGCCCAAGCAAGCAAGCAGCCAUGUCCAUCGUCAAGCGUGCUUUGGGCUUCGGCGGCGGCUACGGCCAGAGCAAGCCCGUGAUAAGCUACCACACCCACAACUCCGACUCGGUGACCACCGUCAUGACGGAGAUCAGCCACAUGAGCCUCAACGAGAAGCAGGCGGGGUACAACGGCGGCGUGCAGAAGACGGCCUCCCUCACGGAGCUGUGCUCUGAGGAUGCCGACGUGCAGAAGCACGGCUACGGGCAGCAGGCGUACGGGGGCGACGUCGGAGGCUUCGACGCCCUCGUCCGUGACAACGCCGGGCAGAAGCACGGCGGCUAUGGUGAGCAGAAGGCGUCGUCGUACCAGCAUGAGAGCGCUGCCGGAGGGUAUGGCGCUCACCACCACGAAAGCUCCGUGCAGAAGCACGGCGCCUAUGGCGGACAAAAGGCGGCGGCGUACCAGCAUGGAGGCUAUGACGCCGUCAGCCACGACAGCACGACGCAGAAGCAUGGCUACGGUGAGCAGAAGGCUUACCAGAAUGGGGCCGAGGCCCACCAUGACAGCUCGGCGCAGAAGCAUGGCUACGGCGAGCAGAAGGCGUACGGUGGUCACCACCAGGACAGCAAGGUCCAGAAGAGCGGCUACGGCGGCGAGCACACGGCGUAUCACCAGGACGGCAAGGUCCAGAAGCAUGGCUACGGCGAGAAGGCGCACGGCUACGGCGAGCAGAAGGCUUACGACAGCAAGGUCCAGAAGCACGGCUACGGCGAGCAGAACGCGUACGACAGCAAGGUCCAGAAGCAUGGCUAUGGCGAGAAGGCGCACGGCUAUGGCGAGCAGAAGGCGUACGUGGACGGGAGCGCCGCCGCCGCCCUCCACCACGACAGCUACGGCGCCAUGAAGAAGCACGGCUAUGGCGGCGAGCAGAAGGCGUACGGCGCUGCAGCGGGAGGGUACGACGCCGUCCACCACGACAGCCCAGUGCAGAACUACGGCUACGGCGAGCAGAAGGCGCCGUACCAGCACGGGAGCGACGCCGGAGGGUACGGCCGUGCCCACCACGGCAGCGAGACGCAGAAGCACGGCUACGGCGGUGGGCAGAAGGCUUACGGGCACGGCGCUGAUGCCGGAGGGUACGACGCUGCUUUCCACCACGGUGGCGCGAAGCAGACGAAGCACGGCUACGGCGGCGGGCAGAUGGCCGGAGGGUACGACUCUGCUUUCCAGCACGGCGCCUAUGGCGGGCAGAAGGCGUCGUACGACGCGCUCGCCCAGAAGAAGCACGGGUACGGGCAAAAUGCGUACCAGCAGCAAGGGUGCGACGGCGGCGACGUCGCAGGGUAUGACGCUCUUGUCCAACGCCGGCAGAUGCAGAAGCAGCUGCAAUACAACCAGUUCGGGUGGGAGAGCGACGAAGAGAGCGACUGCGAAGACGAGGUGCUGGGCGGCGGAUACGGCGGCAGCACCGUGCCCGGCGCCACACAGUACUACUCCGCGUACGAGCGCCGCCAGCGGCUCGGCGGCGGGAGCCACUACGAGGCGGCGUACCAGAGCUCCACCACCCAGGGGUACUCCGGCGGCGGCUACGGCGGCGGGUGGGCGCAGCCCAUGAAGCACAGCUACUACUGAGCUCCUGCGUCCUGCCCACAAGCGACGACUACCGGCGUGAUACAAUCCUACCUGCAGUGAUACUUAUCUUCCACAUGCUCCUGCAUGUGUAGUAUGCCAGUAUUUGGUGGACCUUUGCAUUGCAAAAGUGUCUAAAUAAGAUGUACUUCUAACUCAUAUUCUGAAUCCACCGUAAGUGGCAUCGGUACAAUAAUAUACUACGUGGUCUGGCC